UUACUGCUGGAAUCGCACUGCACCAUCUUAUCAAUCUACUCCUCUCCCACCCCAACCCCCAUCAUGGGCAUCACUUUCAGAGGUCUAGCCACGGCUGCUUUGGCCAGCAAGAACGAGACUUCGGCUGCUGCCACUGAGAAGGACAUUGCUGAUGUACCUGCUUCGUACGCUGGCCACACCAGCCUCGAUCAAGGCCGUCCGGAUGAGAAGCUGGGUGGUCCCAGGGCCGAUGGUGUCGAAACCGACUCCGACGAUGAGCUCAACAAGGUCGACACUCAUGCCGAGCAGGGUGUGCAGGCCAUCCAGGCCAUGACCCAUGUCUGGUCUAGGAGGAGCUUGAUCAUGGCCUUAGUAUGGAUCUGGAUCAUCCAGUUCUGCGUCUCUUUCACGUCCGGAUCCGUCAAUACACUGACUCCAUACGUCACUUCCGGCUUUCAAUCCCACUCCCUGACUGCUUUGACCAGCGUCAUCUCCUCCCUCAUCUCUGGUCUCUGGAAAUUGCCUUAUGCCAAGAUCAUGAACAUCUGGGGUAGGCCAUUUGCCCUGCUCCUCGGUGUCAUGUCGACCACCAUUGGUCUAAUCAUGAUGGCCGCCUGUAAGAACGUCCAGACGUACUGUGCUGCCAUGACCUUCUUCUAUCUUGGCUACAACAGUAUCGACUUCUCAAUUACUGUUUUCGUCGCCGACACAACCAAACUGGCGAAUCGUGGCUUUUUUGUCGCCUUCGUCGCCUCCCCUUGGUUGGUUACCACGUGGGUGUACGGAUAUGCAGUGGACAGUAUCAAAGCUCCUGGUGGUAUCGGUGUUCGUUGGGGAUUCGGUGUUUUUAGCAUCCUCAUCCCAGUCGUUUGCACUCCCCUCCUCGUCAUGUUCUGGUAUCACGAAGGCAAGGCGAAGAAGCAAGGUCUCAUCCAGCCUCGCCCAACUCGCGGAAACUUUGGGCAGACCAUUUUCUACUACCUCAAGGAAUUUGAUACGGUUGGACUUCUUAUCCUCGCCACCGGUCUCUCUCUUUUCUUGUUGAGUUUCAACAUUUACACAUACCAAGCUGAGCAGUGGAAGUCGCCUCUGAUCAUCUGCUUCAUCAUCUUUGGCUUUCUCCUCGUCAUCGUAUUCGGUCUCUGGGAGAAGUAUCUCGCACCCGUCACGUUCGUCCCAUGGCAUCUUUUGAAAAACCGCACCGUCAUCUUCACGUACACCAUGGCAGGAAGCUUGUACAUUGGAUGGUAUAUUUGGAAUUCGUUCUUCUACUCGUCCCUGAUCGUCCUCUUCAACCAAAGCAUCCCGCACGCGACCUACAUUGGCAACAUCUACACCAUGGGCAGCUGCUUCAUCUCGCUCGUCUACGGCGCGGUCCUUAAGUGGAACGGCCGUCUCAAGUGGUACUCUUUCUUCUGGGGUGUGCCCCUCACCAUCCUCGGCGUUGGUCUGAUGAUCGAGUUUCGUCAGCCGGACGUUAACAUCGGGUAUAUCGUCAUGUGCAUGCUAUUCAUCUCCCUCGGCGGCGGUGUUCUCGUCAUCUCCGAGCAGACCACCCUCAUGGCCGUCUCCAAGCAGCAGGACUUCCCUGCUCUCCUUGCCUGCGAGUCCAUGAUUAUCUCCAUCGGUGGAGCCAUAGGAUCUUCCAUCGCUACUGCUAUCUGGACCGGUGUCUUCCCUGUCAAGUUGACCGCGAAUCUGCCCGCGGAAGUCAUGGACAACUUUGCCAAUAUCUAUGGUGACAUCGAUGUCCAGAGCAGCUACGCUUGGGGUAGCCCCACGCGCGAUGCUAUCGCCUUGAGCUACGCCCAGACACAGAGGUACAUGCUCAUCGCUGCCACGUGCGUUUACAGCCUUACCUGGAUCAGUGUGGCAUUGUGGCAGGAUGUGGAUGUCAAGAAGCAGAAGCAGAGGACGGUUGGAUUGUUGUAG